AUGGGAAAAGCCUCACUUACCUUCCCGGCAAUGUGCCUAGCCCUCUCAUUCCUUUUCGUCAUUGCCGUCUACCACGCUUCAAUCAUACAGCGCCUCAGCUCAUUCCACCGGCGCAUCAUUCUUCCACUGUACCGCCGAAUGACCAAUAUAACAUGGGCAAACCACGUCCCCGCCAACCACGACGAGGCAAGGUACGAACUAAUCAGCCGUGAUAUCAACGACGACGAAGAAGAGAGUGAAGAACCAACGCAUCCAGCUCUUCCACGCACCCCACGUUCACAACCGCGAUCACCACUCUCCAAACCCGCUAGACCUCGCACACCAUAUCCCCACCCCCCGGCGAGCCCGAUCCCGGCAAACCGCCCAAGCACAGCGGACGAGAGCCCAAUCGCCGUUUUCUGGACCAGAGAACCCCAUCUCUCCGAGCUGCAGGCCAGUUUUACUAGGACUGAAGAUUCUGAUGGCGACGAGUCUCAGAACGAAGAUUCUGACGGAGAAUAUCCUUACAGCGAAUAUUCUAUCGAUUCAUCUGACGACGAGAACUAUAUCCAUCAGUCUUGGGACCUUCGCAUCUUAGACCCACAUAUCCCAGGCGGCGAGAUCCCGGUCUGGCAAGUUGAAGCCGAGAGUCAGAUUUAUACUGUCGAUGACCGUCAACCGCGGGGAGUGCAGCUUUUGCUGGACCAGACCGUUGAAUGGACUGUCCAGAUGGUUUAUGGUCUCGUUGCUCCCCAUACCGAGGGUUUGGAAGUACAUGCCUGA